CCGCCUUAACUGUCCAUCAGCCCAGUUAUCUGAUUGUUGGGCUGCAUAUGUACCAAAGAACAAUCACUGCAUCUCAUUAAGCUUGGAGAGAGAUGUGAUGUGAGGGUGGGAGAGCAAAAGUGGUAUGCUAACGUGAGACUGUGAGGAGGAGGAGGAGGAGGUAGUGUGCUAAAAGAUCGAGAGGGGAAGGCAAUGGAGGAAAAGUUCCUAAACUUAGUGCUGGUGUUCUCGGGUCUGUUUGUGAUGGGAAUUUACCAUGUCUGGCUUCUCUUCACUAUACUGUGCAAUCCCAGACGAACUGUCAUUGGCUUCAAUGCCGAGUGUCGCCAAGCAUGGGUCUUCUCUAUGAUGAGUGAUCCCAUGAAAAAUGGUGUUUUGGCAGUCCAAACAAUUCGCAACAACAUUAUGGCAUCUACACUUUUGGCAACUGUAGCAAUCACUCUCUGUUCACUGAUUAGUGUCGUUGUGAGCACCAACACCACAGUGAUGAGUUCCAGUGCAGGAUCAAAAUCAGUUUACAGCAGUGAGACUACUAUCUCUUCAGUCAAGUACUUCUCUAUCUUGCUAUGCUUCCUUGUUGCGUUUCUUUGCAAUGUGCAGUCUGUUAGAUACUUUGCCCAUACUAGCUUCAUGGUUACAGCACCUGCAUUGAAAGAUAAAAAAGAAUCUAUUAAGUAUGUUGCAAGAAACUUGAAUCGAGGAAGCUUCUUUUGGUCCCUUGGGUUGCGAGCAUAUUAUGUGUCAUUCCCUCUCUUUCUCUGGAUCUUUGGGCCCAUACCCAUGUUUGUGUGUUCCUGCAUGAUGUCAUCUACUCUCUAUUUCUUGGACACAACUCAUUGUUUUACACAGCAGCUUCAAAAAUUCAUAGAGGACAUGAAUGCCAAUGAUGCGGAAUCAGUUCAUCGAUCAUUGGGAAAUGCGGGGCUUGAGGACUUCCAUCUUUGCUCUCCUCUACUUACAGGUGAAGGCGACAACCAAGUAUAAUUCUAAUGUUGCUUGAAGAUUCACUGGAUCUUGUCGAGAAAAGUACCAGAAAUAUUGCUGCUACACACUAAGCUGGGGUGAAACUGCAAGUUUUUCACUUUCAUAUCCGCAACCAUUGCUUUGAUGUGGAGAACUCUAGGAAUGCUUUGGGUAUUAUGACAGGAAGAGAAUGCUAUCUUGCUGGUUUGUUCAUAUCAGUGUGAGAUUGAUUCAUUCCUCACAAAUCUUACAUCUUUUGCCUUCUAAAGUUCUGUUAAAAAACCUCGUUUGUGAAGCUAUCAUACUGGAAAUAUGGUUCGGUAGCACCCAAAUGAGACAACUGCAAUGAUUUUCCAUUUUUAGAUUGCAGAUAAAACUGCUGUUGUUGUGAGUUGUAUAAGCAUCGUACUUUCUCCUUUCGUUGAAUAAAAGUUUAU